UCUCCGUAGGGACGCGACCGAGCCGGCCGUAACGGAGCCCCACGAUGGCAGCGGCCGCAGGAGCUCUUUUCACAUCGCUGGCCGUCAUCUCCUGCAUGGUUUGCUGCCAAGCAGAGGGCGGCACGAGGAGCUACGGGCCGGUGUUCGAAGAGCAGCCCGUCAACACGCUCUUCCCCGAAGGCUCGGCCGAAGAGAAGGUCACGUUGGCUUGUCGGGCAAGAGCGAGUCCUCCCGCGACCUACAGGUGGAAGAUGAACGGCACGGAGCUAAGGAUGGAGCCGGAUUCCCGCUACCGCCUGGUGGCCGGCGACCUCGUCAUAAGCAACCCGGUGAAGUCCAAGGAUGCCGGUUCCUACCAGUGCGUGGCCUCCAACGCCCGGGGCACGGUGGUGAGCAGGGAAGCCUCCCUCCGUUUUGGCUUCUUGCAGGAAUUCUCCGCGGAAGAGCGGGACCCGGUGAGGAUCACGGAAGGCUCGGGAGUGAUGUUCACCUGCAGCCCCCCUCCCCAUUACCCAGGCUUGUCCUACCGAUGGCUUCUGAACGAGUUUCCCAACUUCAUCCCAGCGGACGGAAGGCGCUUUGUGUCUCAGACAACAGGAAACCUUUACAUUGCCAAGACAGAGGCUUCCGACCUGGGCAACUACUCGUGCUUUGCCACCAGCCACAUUGACUUCAUCACCAAAAGCGUCUUCAGCAAGUUCUCCCGCCUCAGCCUUGCUGCAGAUGCAGAUGCCAGGCAGUACGGACCCACCAUAAAAGCCCGGUUUCCUGCAGACACCUACGCUCUGGCGGGGCAGAUGGUCACUCUGGAGUGCUUUGCCUUUGGAAACCCCGUGCCCCGGAUAAAGUGGAGGAAGGUGGACGGCUCGCAGCCCUCCAAGUGGAUCGCCAGCGAGCCCCUCUUGCAGAUCCAAGACGUGGGCUUUGAGGACGAAGGCACUUACGAGUGCGAGGCUGAAAACGCCAAAGGGAGGGCCACGCACCAGGGCCGCGUCAUCAUUCAAGCUCAGCCGGAGUGGCUGAAGGUGGUGGCGGACACGGAGGCCGACAUCGGCGCGGAGCUGCGCUGGAGCUGCGCCGCAGCGGGCAAGCCGCGGCCGGCCGUGCGGUGGCUUCGCGACGGGCACCCGCUCAGCUCCCAGAACCGCAUCGAAGUGAGCGGUGGAGAGCUGAGAUUUUCCAAGCUAGUCCUGGAGGACUCUGGCAUGUAUCAGUGUGUGGCUGAGAACAAGCAUGGCACAAUAUAUGCAAGCGCUGAAUUAACAGUGCAAGCCUUAGCACCCGAUUUUAGACUGAACCCUGUGAAGAGACUAAUACCUGCAGCCCGAAGCGGGAAGGUCAUCAUCCCAUGCCAGCCAAGAGCAGCACCAAAAGCCACCGUGCUCUGGACCAAAGGGACGGAACUGCUCAUCAACAGCAGCAGGGUGACUAUUACCACAGAUGGCACUUUGAUCCUCCAGAAUAUCAGCAAAUCUGAUGAGGGAAAGUACACCUGCUUCGCCGAGAACUUCAUGGGCAAGGCCAACAGCACGGGAAUCCUCUCUGUGCGAGAUGCCACCAAAAUCACACUGUCACCAUCCAGUGCUGACAUCAACGUAGGUGAAAACCUGACUCUACAGUGUCACGCAUCCCAUGAUCCAACUAUGGACCUGACCUUCACCUGGUCACUCGACGACCUCCCCAUUGACUUGGACAGGUCGGAGGGGCACUACAGGCGAGCAAGUGUGAAGGAAACUAUUGGGGACCUGAGCAUCUCUAACGCGCAGCUAAAGCACUCGGGGCGAUACACGUGCACAGCGCAGACCGUGGUGGACAGUGCUUCUGAGUCAGCUAUGUUGACUGUGAGAGGACCUCCAGGCCCACCAGGCGGGGUGGUGGUGAGAGACAUCAGCGACACCAGUGUCCAGCUGAGCUGGAGCCGCGGCUUUGACAACCACAGCCCUAUUGCCAGGUACCUCAUCCAGGCCCGGACCCUGCUCUCCGGCAAGUGGAAACAAGCACGGACCAAUCCUGCAAACAUCGAGGGCAACGCAGAGACGGCCCAGGUGGUGAACCUCAUCCCCUGGAUGGACUACGAGUUUCGGGUCUUAGCAAGUAACAUCCUUGGAGUUGGGGAACCAAGUUUACCCUCCAGCAAAAUCCGUACCAAAGAAGCAGCACCUACGGUGGCACCAUCGGGGCUCAGCGGAGGCGGAGGGGCUCCCAACGAGCUCAUCAUCAACUGGACGCCCACGCUGCGGGACUAUCAGAACGGCGACGGGUUCGGCUACAUCCUGGCGUUCCGCAAGAAGGGCACCCAGGGCUGGCUGACGGCCCGGGUGCCGCACGCCGAGUCCCUGCACUACGUCUACCGCAACGAGAGCAUCGGGCCCUACACCCCCUUCGAGGUGAAAAUCAAGGCGUACAACAGGAAGGGAGAGGGACCAGAGAGCCUCACGGCCAUCGUGUACUCUGCAGAGGAGGAACCCAAAGUGGCUCCUUCCAGAGUUACCGCCAAGGCCGUCCUGUCCUCCGAGAUGGACGUGUCCUGGGAGCCUGUUGAGCAGGGAGACAUGACCGGAGUGCUCCUGGGCUACGAGAUCCGGUACUGGAAGGACGGCAACAAAGAGGAGGCUGCUGACAGAGUGAGGACAGCAGGACUGGUCACAUCUGCUCACGUAACAGGCCUAAACCCCAACACCAAAUACCACGUGUCAGUCAGAGCCUACAACCGCGCCGGCACCGGGCCCCCCAGUCCCUCCACCAACACCACCACAACGAAGCCCCCACCAAGGAGGCCACCAGGCAACAUCUCCUGGACUUUUUCGGGGUCUACAGUCAGCAUCAAGUGGGACCCGGUGGUGGCCCAGGCAGAUGAGUCUGCAGUUACAGGGUACAAGAUGCUCUACAGGAAGGAUUCCCACUCUGCUCCCACGCUGUAUGUGGCCAGCAAGAGCCGGAUCGACAUCCCGAUCCCUGAGGACUUCACCCAUGCCUUCGUGCAGCUCAGGGUGACAGGGCCUGGCGGAGAUGGGGUCCCAACAGAAGUCCACAUCCUCAGGAACAGUGGCACAAGCAUGAUGGUGGAAGACUCCGUGACCAAGCCCGUGCCACACGUCAUCGUCAUCACAACCAACUCUCUGGUCAUGCUGGCCCUCAUGGGCUACCUGGGGCUCUGAUGACCGUCCCCGCGACCGGGACUCCCGCACACGCUUCCUCCAAAGCUGGUGGGGAACGACUUGGCAUUUGGCUGUUUCACCGUCGAGUUGGUGCCACAGCGGCGCUACGGAGACAGGAUUUGACAACGUUGUAUUAAGAGAGGAAGAAAGAAACACCCUUUUUUUUU